UUUUAAAGGGGUUAUGGAGUUUAAGAGGCGGUGCACAGGUUCAGUGCUGAGUAUAUUUAGAGAGAAGUAGAUGAACCUUUGAGGCAUUUUGGUUUGGUGUCCAUCGUCAAGAUGAAGUCAUACGUGCUCCUCCCAGCCCUGCUGCUGUCUCUUGGAUGCACAGGCAUCCCACUGUACAACUCUGAGCUGCAGUCUGCGGCAGACAGCGCUCUGGGAGCAGCUUUGGCAGAGGUCAACUCUGUGUAUGCUGCCAGCCACCUUUACCGGGUCACUACAGGCUCUGUCACAAAGGUCAUCCCCACGGGCCUGGACACCGUCGACCUGCUGAUGGUUUUUCGGAUUAAGGAGACUCAGUGUGCAAAGACUUCCCAAGACGACCCUCAGGCCUGUGCCUUCAGGCCUGGCUACUUUGUGCCCUCCUUCACCUGUUCCACCCGGGUACGAAUGAUGGCCACAUCUCCCCAGGUGGUCUCUCUGAGGUGCGGCCACGAUGGCAGCUCCAGCUCCAGCUCAGAGAGCAGUGAGGAGGCUUUGUUUCCACAGGUGUUCUUGAGAAGGAGACACCAGUUCAAUGCCCCAUUUGCAAACAGAGUCCCAGCUCCAGCUGCACCUUCAGCCCAGCCUGGUGGCUCCCGGUUCAACCAGUUAGCAGAAGACCGACCCAGAGGAGACACUUUCAGCAACUAUGUAGUGUGAAAGUUCAGCUAUCCAUGACUUUCUUUUAGGUGCUGAUCAUAUAUAUUAAAAAAAACUGAAUUAAGA